AUGUUUCUCACCAUGGCGCUACUGAGGAAAGGGAUCCCCGGGAAGCAGUGGAUCGGAAAGUACCGCCGACCGAGGGCCAUCACCUGGCAGAUGAAGCGCAACAUGGUGAACCAGCUGGAGCGCGAGGCGGAGAACGAGUACUGGAUCAGCAGGCCCUACAUGACCGCUGAGCAGGAGUUCUGCCACGCAGCAGAGCGCAGAGCCCAGAGCUGGCUCAAAAUUAAGGAGAGCAGAUUCUCCAAGUUUCCUGAACACAAAUACAUUGCAGAUCACCUCAGCCACCUCAACACCACCAAAACGUGGUCAAGUUAAUUGGAACAAUGAACUUGUUUUUUUCCCCCUCAUGUUCUAUGGGUGACAACUGUAAAUUAAACCUCUGUUUUGUGUAUAGAUUGGUGAAUGUGUUUCUAGUUAAUCCCGUUUGAUUCAAAUCUCCCUGCGACAUGAUCAUUACUUUGAAGUUGUCUCUUAUCUGUUGUGUUGUGUGGGGUUAUCACACCGUGCAACACAAGUUUUCGAAAAAUGUUAUUGUUUUUUAAAACGAUGGUUGAAACCUAUUCAUCUUUGAUAAGUUUUCCUUUUUUUGUGAACAUUAAUUUAGCAUGGUUCGCUCUAAUUGCUAUGUAUGAUAAAUGUAUGUGGGUGAGCCUAAAUCAAUUGCUAAGUAAAUUAUUACCACAAGAGCA